GACAAAUCUUCGUGCAUGCACACUGCGACCAAACACGCCGCCUCGGUCGUCGCCAUCAUUCUACUCGCAUACACUGUCAUCCAUCAUCGUUGCCACCACUCUGAUCGUCACCCCGACCGACCGACCCUCCUGUCGCCCCCUCCACACCGACCUCGGCCUGGGUGCGGCCAAUGACGACGCAAUAGGGCCAAAUCCGACAGAGACGAUUUUGCGGCCUACGCGGUUCCUCUGAGGCCAACCCAUUCCAUCCCAACCCACCAACCCACCGAAGGGAAGGGCCAAGCAUCACUCGUCCUACGCAGCACCACCACCCACCACUGCCUCGUCGUGCAUUGCAAUCCAUCUCUUCCUUCUCUCUCUCGCACCCACCCCGCUUUCCCUUUCGACGACCCUCGACGGUGACUCUGCGCGCGCUCCCCCUAGCAGCAGCAGCAAGCAGCAGCACCCGCGCGCGCGCCCACCCACGCCCAGUGGCAAGCAGCGACCCCGCUCCACCACUCUUGCUGCACGCACGCAUCGGCCUCGGCCACCCCUUCAACAACGCGCGCACAGUGACACCCGUGGGACGACCCGCAACCACCCAACAUUUCUUCCCAACUCCCCCAACAUCAACCACCACCAGCCCAAGCCAUGCCGGGCUCAACAUCGGGGGCACCUCUGGUAGCCCGCCGUAGACGGCACAAGAAGGACUCGUGGUGGUCGCGCAACGUCUCCAAGCCGAUGGAAAAGCUCAAUCCCACGAGAUUGUUCAACCGCAAGCGGCCACUCGGCGAACAGCGUACCCUCUACUUCAACGAGCCCCUCCCCGCAGACUUCUUUGACAAGAAGGGGCGCGUCCUCAAGAACAGGCAAUUCUGCACAAACCAGGUCGUGACUUCCAAGUACACAAUCAUCACGUUCCUGCCCCGCAAUCUGUUGGAGCAGUUUCGACGCGUCGCAAACAUCUUCUUCCUCGCAAUCAACAUUCUCCAGUUCUUCCCCAAGUUUGCAACAAUCUCGCCCGGUCUCGUCAUCCUCCCCCUCAUCGUCGUUCUCGGUAUCACUGCCAUCAAGGACGGCUACGAGGACUUUAAGAGGCACCAGGCAGACCACCAUAUCAACCACUCGAUUGUCCACGUUCUUGGCGGCGAAGGCUACGAGAAUGUCAACCCCGCCGGCUCCAAGGAGAAGACGUUUGUCAAGGGCAUUCCGAUGCCUGGACGACGCAGCAAAAAGAACAAAGCCAAGGACGAGGACGGCAAGGACGACGCAUCCACUUCGGAAACCAGACGCCCUGAGAACCUGCAGCGUCUCCGCUCCCAGGUCUCCAACUGGGACGAGGACGACGAGGCCGCCGACUCUCCAAACGAACUCGGCUGGCACCGCACCAUCUGGGAAGACGUCAAGGUUGGCGACUUUGUCAAGAUUUACGACCACGAGCAGAUUCCAGCGGAUAUCAUCAUCUGUGCAACAUCCGAAGAGGAGGAUAUUUGUUACAUUGAGACCAAGAACCUCGACGGCGAGACCAACCUCAAGUCGAGGCAUGGUGUUACCGGCCUCUCAUUCCUCGACUCGGCAAGCGCCUGCGCCAACGCCAAGAUGCGUGUCGAGCUCGACGCCCCAGAGGUCAACAUGUACCGCUUGAACGGCAGCGUCACCCUCCAGUCUGAAGUCGGCCAGGAGCACGAGAUCCACCCCAUCACCCUCGACACCACUCUUCUUCGUGGCUGUGUUCUCCGCAACACGGCUUGGGUCGUUGGUUUCGUCGCCUACACUGGUACCGACUCGAAGAUUGUCCAGAACUCGGGCCUCGCUCCCAGCAAGCGCUCAAAAGUCGAGCGUCAGAUGAACCCCCAGGUCCUCUUCAACCUCGCCAUCCUCGGCGUCAUUGCUAUGGUCUGUGCCAUCAUUGACCACUUCAACGAGAAGCGCUGGGACACGCAGGAAGCCUACUGGGCGAUCUACUACAGGCCGGGUGACAACCCGGAUAUCAACGGUCUGAUCACCUUCUUCAACGCCCUCAUCACGUUCCAGAACAUCAUCCCCAUUUCGCUCUACAUCUCUAUCGAGUUUGUGCGUACCAUCCAGGCCCUCUUCAUCUUCUGGGACCACGACAUCCGCUACUUCAAGAACGGCACAAAGUACCGCACCCUCGCACGCACCUGGAACUUGUCCGACGACCUCGGUCAGAUCGAGUACAUCUUCUCCGACAAGACUGGAACCUUGACGCAGAACGUCAUGAUUUUCCGUCAGUGCUCGGUCGGUGGCAAGAUCUACUACGGCGAGGCACCCCCUCCCAGGCCCUCCAUGGACCCCAAGCGCCUCUACGAGCUCAAGAAGACUGUCAGCGGAUCGGACAACUCGGGUGACGACGAGCUCAAGAAGAAGGCCGACGCCGAGCGCGAAAUCCCUCCGUUCCACGACUCUGAACUUGACCACGACCUCGCCGACCACGACUCUGAGCAGUCGCGUCUCCUGCACGGUUUCUUCGCCGUCCUCGGCCUGUGCCACACGGCUCUGACUGGUGAGAACGAGGAUGGUACCAUCGAAUACAAGUCGCAGUCGCCCGACGAGACCGCUCUUGUUCAGGCCGCCGCCGACGUCGGCUUCGUCUUCCUCGGUCGCGACAAGAACCUUCUCAAGCUCAAGACUCCCUUCUCUGACGAGCCCGACGAGUACGAGCUGCUCAACGUUCUCGAGUUCAACUCUGCUCGUAAGCGCAUGUCGGUCGUUGUUAAGAAGCUCGACGAGCACGGCAGAAUCUUCCUUCUCACCAAGGGUGCCGACAAUGUCAUCUUUGAGCGUCUCAGCAAGGAGGUCGGCCAGGACAAGAUCCGCGCUCAGACCGACAAGGACCUCCAGACGUUUGCCAACGAGGGUCUCCGUACUCUUUGUCUCGCUUACCGUGUUCUCGACAACGCAGAGUACGAGGAGUUUGCGCAGGACUACCACGAGGCCGAGGUUUCCCUUCACGACCGUGAGAACAAGAUCGACGAGGUCUCCGCCCGUCUCGAGAAGGACCUCACUCUUCUCGGCUCCACCGCUAUCGAGGACAAGCUCCAGGACGGUGUCCCCGAGACCAUUGCCGACCUCAAGCGCGCCGGUAUCAAGGUCUGGGUCGCCACUGGUGACAAGCUCGAGACUGCCGUUGCCAUUGGUUACACCACCAACCUCCUCACUGCCGACUCAAACUUGAUCAUUGUUCGCGACGGCAAUCACACAAUUUACGACCAGCUCCGUGGUGCCCUCGAGGGCUUCUUUGGUGACGACUCACUCACUCGCCAGCCCACCCAUUCCCUCGGCCAGACCUUCACUCGUCAGUCGACUCAGCUCCAGCGUGUCAACACUGGCGCCGCGUCGCUUGUUGGUGAAGACAAUGGACACCGCCCCGGAGGCUUCUCGCUCGUCAUUGACGGCAGCGCUCUCGCCCAGUGCUUUGACGACGAGGACAUAGCCGACCUCCUGCUUGCGCUUGCUGUCAAGUGCAACACUGUCAUCUGUUGCCGUGUCUCGCCCCUUCAGAAGGCCCAGAUUGUCAGCCUCAUCAAGGACAACCUCGGUGUCAUGACCCUUGCCAUCGGUGACGGUGCCAACGACGUGAGCAUGAUCCAGACUGCGCACGUCGGUGUCGGCAUCUCGGGUGAGGAGGGUCUCCAGGCCGUCAACUCGUCCGACUUUGCGAUUGCCCAGUUCCGCUUCCUCAAGCGCCUCUUGCUCGUCCACGGCCACUGGUCGUACUUCCGAAACGCUUCGAUGAUCUGCAACUUCUUCUACAAGAACAUUGUCGGUAUGGGCGUUCUCUUCUGGUACAUGAUCUACUGUGGUUGGUCGACCACGUACGUCUACGCCUACGUCUACCUCCUCUUCUGGAACGUCUUCUGGACGAUCGCUCCCGUCAUCGGCAUUGGUGUCUUCGAGCGCAACAUCGACGACGACAUUCUCAUGGCCCUGCCCGAGCUCUACCGUUACAGCCGCAGCGGCAAGUACUACAACUGGCCUCGCUUCCUCUACUACAUGUUUGAGGGUGUCUACCAGACAGCCGUUGUCUACUUCAUCCUCUGCUACGCCUACGAGGCUACCACCACUCGCGGUGACGGCUACGACGUUGUCCAGUACGAAAUGUCGACUACCAUGGCCGUCGGUGCCGUCAUGAUUGCAAACCUGUUCUCGGGUCUCAACAUUGACGCCUGGUCGUGGUGGGUUGUGUUUGGUGUCUGGAUCGGCCCCGUUCUCAUUUGGCUCUUCACCGCCAUCUACUCGGUCAUCCCGCCCAGCUCGUUCUACACUGGUGUCUACGGUAACGACGUCUUCCUUUUCCGCUCCGCCGCGUUCUGGUUUGGAUGGCCCUUCGUCAUCGUCUUCUCGCUCAUGCCCCGCUACCUUAUCAAGUACGCCAAGCAGAACAUCUUCCCCAACGACAUUGAUAUCAUGCGCCUCGUCCGCAAGUACCACCCCGAAGCCAACCCCUUCACCGACCCCAUGCUUGGUGGCAAGCUCAAUGUUGACCGCGGAGAGGAGAGCCCCUUCAUUGUUGGCAACAGCAGCCGUCCUACGACCCCUGUCCAGGUCGACAAGAAUGACAAGAACAACAUCGCUCUGCAAAACUUCUCGUCCCCUGGCGGCGACCGUCCUACUGCUAUGCGUCCCAGCUUUGACAACGGCCGUCCCAGCUAUGACUCGCGCAACAGCUUUGAGAGCGCCCGCCGUCCAAGCAUGCAGAGCAAUAGGUACGGUAGCAACCGCCAAGCCCGAGGCUCGGCCCAUGACAUGUCGACGGGUCUUACGCGUGAAGCGUCGCGCGGUUUCGACUUUACGAUGGAGGAGGGCGGUGUCGCGGUUCACCGCAUGCAGUCGCGCCUCUCCGAGGCGUCGGCCCACCGCCGCAAAUACACGCUUCGCCGGUUAGGCAUGCAGAACCGCGCCAAGGAGGCUGCCGAUCGUGAGGCGACGGCACCCGGCUCGCCUUCCAACAACCCCUUCGCCCGUGUCAUUCGUGAGCGUGCCGGCUCGAUCUUGAGAUCCGGCCGCAACCGAUCAAGCACGGUCAACACGCGCAACUCGAGAGCGCCGAGUGAAGGACUGUCAGAUCACACGCCUACAUCUCCUCACCUUCAUCCCCAGCACCACCCAUAGCAAUAAUCGUGUGAAUAGGGCGAUGGGCCGUGGCUGUAGAACCCGCAUCUGCUUGCUGUACCAGUACCGUUAUUCUACUUCAGAUCGAUGAUACAAUAGACAUGC